AUGUCCACCUACUCAGACCUCACAAAAUUCAAAGCCCUCUCCUUUGACUGCUACGGCACCCUAAUCGACUGGGAAUCCGGUCUCCGCGCCGGUCUCGAACCCAUCAUCUCCCGUCUUCCUCCCCCCUCCUCCGCCAGCGACGCACCUCCCACAGAAGCAUCCCUCACAAAACGCUUCGACACCCUCUCCGCAGCCCUGCAAUCCUCCUCCCCGACCCUCCGCUACGACCUCAACCUCUCCUCCUCCUUCCGCGCCCUCGCAGCAGAACUCGGCGUCUCCGUGACGGACGAAGAAGCCACGGCCUUUGGCUCGCUCCCGGGGACCUGGGCCCCCUUCGAGGACACCAUCCCCGGACUGGAGAUCCUGAAGAGACGUUACAAACUCGUCAUCCUCUCCAACAUUGACGCCUCGAACAUCUCUCGCACCCUGAAACGCUUCUCGCCCGUGGCGUUUGACGCCGUGUAUACGGCGGAGCGAAUCGGGAGCUACAAACCCGCCGACGGCAACUUCUCCUACCUGUUUGAGCGUGUGAAGGAAGAGUUUGGGGUGGAGUGGGAUGACGAGGGGGGGGAGGGGCUGUUGCACGUUGCGCGCAGUUUGACUGCCGACCACGUCCCCGCGAAGAAGUUCGGGUUAAGAAGCGUUUGGAUCUCGAGGGGCGGCGAUGUCAAGGACGGGGAAGGGGUGGGAGGGGAUUGGGAGGAGACGAAGGGGGAUGUUGGGUUCGAGUGGCGGUUUGAUACUAUUGGGGAGUUUGCGAGGGAGGUGGAGAGGCAGUUUGGGGAGAAGAGGUGA